AUGGCGGGGGUGUGCGGGAGCCGGGCAUGCGAGCGGCACACAGCGUCGGGUUCUUUGACGGAGGGAAAAAAAGAGUUUCUGCAAAAUGGGCCGGACCUGCAAGACUUUGUGUCCGGAGAUCUGUCGGACCGGAGCAAGUGGGCUGAAUACAGGGGCAACUUACGGCGUCAGAAAGGAGAAAGGCUGCGACUUCCUCCAUGGCUGAAAACAAAGAUUCCCAUGGGAAAGAACUACAAUAAACUAAAGAAUACCUUGAGAAGUUUAAAUCUUCAUACGGUAUGUGAAGAAGCCCGCUGUCCCAACAUUGGAGAAUGCUGGGGAGGCGGUGAAUAUGCUACAGCUACAGCUACUAUUAUGCUGAUGGGUGACACAUGCACUAGAGGCUGCAGAUUUUGUUCAGUAAAGACAGCAAAAAACCCGCCGCCGCUGGAUCCCGAGGAGCCUUACAACACAGCGAAGGCUAUAGUGGAGUGGGGCUUGGAUUACGUCGUGCUGACGUCUGUGGACAGAGACGAUAUGCCUGAUGGUGGAGCAGAACACUUUGCGAAGACAGUCGCUCAUCUGAAAGAAAGGUGCCCCGCGAUCCUAGUGGAAUGCCUCACGCCCGACUUCGGCGGGGACCUCGGCGCCGUCGGGAAGGUGGCGGCCUCGGGCCUGGACGUCUACGCCCACAACGUGGAGACGGUGCCGGCCUUACAGAGGAAGGUGCGCGACCCCCGAGCCAGCUUUGAGCAGUCCAUACGGGUGCUGAAGCACGCUAAAGAGGUCCAGCCCGGCGUCAUUUCCAAAACCUCCCUUAUGCUGGGGCUAGGCGAGACAGAUGAACAAGUAUACUCCACAAUGAAAUUAUUGCGGGAAGCAGAUGUAGACUGCUUGACCCUAGGACAGUACAUGCAACCAACAAAGCGUCACCUGAAGGUUGAGGAGUACGUAACUCCCGAAAAAUUUAAGUACUGGGAAAAAGUAGGAAAUUAUCUUGGAUUCCAUUACACUGCUAGCGGGCCGUUAGUGCGCUCCUCCUACAAAGCAGGUGAAUUCUUCUUGAAGAACUUAGUAGAAAAAAGAAAGACAAAAGCUAUCUGAAAACGAGAGUGAACCUAUUUAAAGCAGCUGAUUCUGAGGAUCCUUUUUUCAGUGCAGAAUUAUGCUCAGUUCCAGACAUGCAGAAGAGCAGAUGGUGCAUGUAUGAAUAAACUUACUAUCUUUCCAGAACACUUUUCUCUCACUGAAAUGUUUCACAUUGUUUUACCUCAUUUCUCCUGGCAAGGCUACAACCACAUAGUACUUCUAGUGUUCAG